GAUGCGAUACGCAUCUCAUACUGCAAACAAAAUGGCCCCCUCCGCAACCACCCCGGAGAAGACCCUCUCCCCCAUUGACCCGCAGGUUUUCGCCCUGCGCAAGGUCCUGACCUCCGAGUCCGCGCCUCUCGCCCACCGCUUCCGAGCUCUCUUUUCUCUAAAGCACCUAGCUUCCCUGUCGCCUCCGACUCCUCAGACACGCCCCGCUAUCGAUGCCAUUGCUGCUGCCUUCACGUCCCCUUCCGCGCUACUGAAGCACGAACUAGCCUACUGCUUGGGCCAGUCGCGGAACGAUGCAGCUGUCCCAUAUUUGCGCACGGUGCUGGAGGACAGGGAUGAGGACGCCAUGUGUAGACACGAGGCUGCGGAAGCCUUGGGGGCUUUGGGCGACCAAGACAGCUUGAGUCUACUUAGGGGCAUGAGGGACGACACUCAGGAGCUGGAAGUCGUGAGAGAGACCUGCGAGAUCGCGGUUGAGAGGAUUGAAUGGGAGCACGGCGUUUCACGGAAGGAUGAGCAACUCAAGCAAAGCGAUUUUGCGAGUAUAGAUCCGGCCCCACCACUUCCACAGGCCAGUUCAAAACCUGCAAUACCCGAGCUGCAAAAGACCCUGUUGGAUACGUCGCUGCCGCUUUUCCAGCGGUACCGGGCCAUGUUCGCACUUCGCGAUCUGUCUUCUCCACCUGACCUUCCGACUGCGGUGCCCGCCGUGCAGGCACUUGCGAGAGGCUUCCAAGAUCCAUCUGCUCUCUUCCGCCACGAGAUUGCGUUCGUCUUUGGACAGCUAUCCCAUCCUGCGUCCAUACCGAGCUUGACAGAGACUCUGAGUAACACCAAGGAAGCUAGCAUGGUCCGACACGAAGCCGCAGAGGCGCUGGGCAGUCUAGGAGACGAGGAGGGCGUCGAGGAAACCCUGAAGAAAUUCCUAGAUGACCCUGAGCAAGUUGUGAGAGACAGCGUGAUUGUGGCACUGGACAUGGCCGAGUUCGAGAAGAAUGGGGAGGCUGAAUACGCGAUCAUCCCAGACGCAGGAUUGAUUGAGGUGUAACAGUCGACCAGGGCACGAGGCAUGCAUUGUCGGCGUUCAAAACGGGGGCUGGGUGUAACAACAGGCCGGGGCAUUGGGUAGGAACUGGCGAAAACAUGGUCUCUGUUCCCCUCAAUCUAGUUGUUGUCGUUCCAUCUGUGGAACAGGUUUAGCAGUUAGAAAUGAACAUGGGAAUUGCAACCUACUUGUACCCGC